GUGUAUAGUUAUACUAAGCGUGUUGGUGCAUGGUUUGUGCGUACCUAAAUGCUAGUCAUAUUCUUUUUCAUAUUAUAAUAUAUCCCUUUUUUUAUUUAUACAAUUAUUUCAUUUAUUUCAUUUUUUCCAAUUAAAGGUUUUUACAGAUUUAUAAAUAUUGUACUGUAUAUUCAACGUUACGACGAAAAUGUUUCGUUAAAGUAUAGGUUAGAAAAAGGGUAUUAGCGACUUAUAUCAUAUUUUGAACGAUCUAUUUCAACUUUUAUGUUAUAAUUUCCAUAAAUAAAAAGAUGGGGGAAAUGAAAGUUAAUAUUAAAUCGGAAGCAAAAUAUAAUAAAGUGAUAAAACACAUCCAGGACAAGUGGAAACUUGUACCCGCUUUUCUUAAGGGGAGAGGCUUAGUUAAGCAACAUAUUGACUCAUUUAAUUACUUUAUAAACGUGGAAAUCAAAAAAAUUGUAAAGGCAAAUGAGAAAGUGCUUAGUGAUGCUGAUCCUUUAUUUUAUAUAAAAUAUUUGAACAUUCAUGUUGGCAUACCAGAUGUUGAGGAAGGUUUUAAUGUAACACGUUCUGUUACUCCACAUGAAUGUCGUUUAAGAGACUUAAAUUAUUCUGCUCCAAUUACAGUUGAUAUUGAAUAUAUAAGAGGUCACCAACCAAUAAUCAAAAAUAAUUUAUUGAUUGGCAGAAUGCCUAUUAUGUUAAGAAGUUCAAACUGCGUAUUAACUGGCAAGUCGCAUUUUGAAUUGGCAAAAAUGAAUGAAUGUCCUCAUGAUCCUGGCGGUUAUUUUAUAGUGAACGGCCAAGAAAAAGUAAUUCUGAUACAAGAACAAAUGCUUAGAAAUAGAAUUAUUCUAGAGGAUGAUAGUAAAGGAUGUAUUGUGGCAUCUUGUAAUAGCUCUACUCAUGAAAGGAAAACCAAAACUAAUAUUGUAGGAAAAGGUGGAAAGUAUUACAUGAGACACAACAUUUUUGUUGAUGACAUACCGGUGACAAUAAUAUUUAAAGCAAUGGGAAUUGUUAGUGAUCAAGAAAUUAUGCAACUUAUUGGCACAGAAGAAGAAUUUAUGAAAAAGUUUGCGCCCAGUUUAGAAGAAUGCCAUACUUUGAAUAUAUUUGCUCAAAAUCAAGCAUUAAGGUUUCUUAGCAGUAAAAGAAAACAGAAAAGAUAUUCAAUCCUAAAAUCUAGCAUUACAGAUGAAAUGAAGGAUAUAUUGGCAACUAAUAUUUUGUCUCAUGUUCCUGUCGUAGACUUUAAUUUUAAAAUGAAAGCCACUUACACUGCUUUAAUGGUUCGCAAAGUUAUGAAAGCACAAUCUGAUGAGAACCUUGUAGAUGAUAGAGAUUACUACGGUAACAAACGAUUGGAAUUGGCUGGUUCUUUGUUGUCCUUAAUGUUUGAAGAUUUAUUUAAAAGAUUUAAUUGGGAGUUAAAGCAAAUAGCUGAUAAAAACAUACCAAAAAUUAAAGCUGCACAAUUUGAUAUUGUAAAACAUAUGAGACAGGAUCAAAUUACUAAUGGAUUGGCAUUUGCUAUAUCAUCUGGCAAUUGGACGAUUAAACGAUUUAAAAUGGAACGGCACGGGGUUACUCAAGUUUUAUCCAGACUUUCUUAUAUUUCGGCACUCGGUAUGAUGACACGAGUUAAUUCACAAUUUGAAAAAACUAGGAAAGUAUCUGGGCCUCGAUCUUUGCAACCAUCGCAAUGGGGAAUGUUGUGUCCUAGCGAUACUCCUGAAGGAGAAGGUUGUGGUUUAGUUAAAAAUUUAGCUCUUAUGACUCAUAUUACCACAGAAAUUGAUGAAGAACCAAUCGUUAGAUUGGCUUUCAACUUGGGAGUUGAAAACGUUAAUAUACUUGGUGGAGAGGAAAUAAAUAAUAAAAAUGUUUACAUGGUGUUUAUAAAUGGUAAUAUCCUGGGUAUAAUCAGAAAUUAUCAGAGACUUGUAAAAAUCUUUAGGUCAUUACGAAGGAGAGGUCUGAUAAAUGGCUUUGUCUCUAUAUAUACACAACAUCAACAUAGAUGCGUUCAAAUUAGUUCUGACGGAGGACGAUUAUGUAGACCAUACAUUAUUGUAGAGAAUGGUAACCCAUGUCUACAAGAGGAGCAUAUAAAACUGCUUGAACAAGGAGUACGAAGCUUUGAAGAUUUUUUACAAGAUGGUUUGCUCGAGUAUUUGGAUGUGAAUGAAGAAAAUGACAGUUCCAUUGCAUUCAAUGAAUCGCAUAUUAAUGAAAAAACGACGCAUUUAGAAAUUGAGCCGUUUACGUUACUCGGAGUUUGUGCUGGUCUAGUACCGUAUCCACAUCAUAACCAAAGUCCAAGAAAUACCUACCAAUGUGCUAUGGGAAAGCAAGCAAUGGGAACUAUUGGUUACAAUCAGCGCAAUCGUAUCGAUACAUUAAUGUACAAUUUGGUUUACCCUCAAACGCCUAUGGUUAAAUCCCGAACGAUAGAACUGAUAAACUUUGAUAAACUACCUGCUGGUCAAAAUGCAAUAGUAGCCGUCAUGUCUUAUAGUGGUUACGAUAUUGAAGAUGCUCUUAUCUUAAACAAGGCUUCAAUUGACAGAGGAUAUGGAAGGUGUUUGGUAUAUAGAAAUGCAAAAUGCACGUUAAAGAGGUACGCAAAUCAGACGUAUGAUCGAAUAAUGGGCCCAUUGCUUGAUUCUGUUACGAAGAAACCUGUUCCGAAACAUGACGUAAUCGACAGUGAUGGAAUUGCUGCACCCGGAGAAAUGUUGGAGAAUAGAAAGGUAAUGGUAAAUAAAUCAUCACCGGCCGCAAAUAUAGGGCCAGUGAAUGCCGGUAAUGUUCAAACGCAGACGGAAUACAAAGAUGUUCCAGUAGUUUACAAAGGACCUGUUCCUGCUUAUGUUGAAAAGGUUAUGAUUUCCAGCAACGCAGAAGACGCGUUUUUAAUUAAAUUGUUGUUACGACAGACUCGGAGGCCUGAGAUAGGUGACAAAUUUAGUAGUCGGCAUGGACAGAAAGGUGUAACUGGAUUGAUCGUGGAACAAGAAGAUAUGCCGUUUAAUGAUCAUGGAAUAUGUCCCGAUAUGAUUAUGAAUCCACAUGGUUUUCCUUCACGUAUGACCGUUGGAAAAUUAAUGGAAUUACUUUCUGGUAAAGCUGGUGUUAUAAAAGGAGAAUAUCAUUAUGGCACAGCAUUUGGCGGUUCAAAAGUUGAAGAUGUUUCUCAAGAACUGGUAAAGCACGGUUAUAAUUAUCUGGGCAAAGACUUCUUCUAUUCCGGCAUUACAGGAGAGCCAUUACAGGCGUAUAUUUAUUCUGGACCGGUAUAUUAUCAAAAAUUGAAACAUAUGGUGCAAGAUAAAAUGCACGCCCGUGCUCGAGGACCGAGGGCUGUGUUAACUCGUCAACCAACGGAAGGUCGGGCUAAAGAAGGUGGUUUAAGAUUAGGUGAAAUGGAACGGGACUGUCUAAUCGGAUAUGGUGCUAGUAUGAUGUUGAUAGAAAGGCUCAUGAUAUCGAGUGAUGCAUUCGAUGUUGAUGUAUGUAACAAAUGUGGUUUGAUGGCAUAUAGCGGUUGGUGUCAUAGUUGUCGUUCUAGUUCAUGUGUUUCUACGAUUUCUAUGCCAUAUGCCUGUAAACUACUGUUCCAAGAACUUCAGUCAAUGAACAUUGUACCUCGUUUAACAUUAAAGAAUUAUUGCGAGUAAUUCGAAGCAAGUUUAUUCAUUAUAUAAAUUUGUAUAUAGUAUUUUGUGUGCGUAUAAGUAUUUAUUAAUUUCUUUGACUGAUUCAUAAAAAGUAUUUUUCAUUUCAUAAGCUUUCGUAAGUUAAUAAAUAGUAAACUAAGUAAUUUUUUGAUAUUGGAAGACAUUAAAAUAUUGAUUGUAUUGUAAGUUAAUAGAAAGUGUUAAGGGAGAGAUACGUAUAAUCUCUCGUCGGUAGAAAUUCGGAGACACUCGUCUCGAGUACAUCGAAAACCUCGAGAUUUCCUCAGUACGCAGUAGAACACGUCGACUUCGGUAAAUCGACCACAUUGUCGUGGGUGGUUCUUCGGGCGUAAGGAGUUCAAUCGCGAAACGAUCGUAGUUAACUCAAGUUCAGGCACACACGAGUGCGAUAUUCAAGUCUAGCGCGAGACAAUUUGAUCGAGGACAUUUGGUCCUUCGAGCCGGAUCAGUAACGUUAGAUUUAACAGAAAGUUUAAUAUAUAUAUGUACAACAUAUUGAUAUAUAUUAAUGAACCAUUUAAUUUGCUGAUGUAAGCGGUUCAGCAAACAAGCAAAUUUCUGGAUUUUCAAUGCAGUUCUUGCUUUGUAUUAAACGCAGUUCAAUUCUUCUUGCAAGUUGAGAUUCUUUAUCUUGACAUGCUAGUAAGAAUUUUUAAAAAUGUUAUCAUUUUUCAUAUCUUUAUGUAAAGAAAUGACAAAGAACAAACAAGUACCUUUGGAAUAUUCAUAAGUCUUUAGCAGGACUCUGUAUAAAGAAUUUAUAGUUUUUUCAAUGGCAGCUUUUAUAUUGUCUUGUAAAUACGUGUGAGCUAAGAAUAAAGCAGCAAACAGAUCUCCAGAACCUGUGAAGUUUGCUGGUAUCUUUGGAAUGUCAAUUUUUAUCAACUUAUUGUCUGAAAUUAAAGUAAAUUUUAUAUGAAGUGAAUUUUAUUGAAGUGAUUUAUUUAA